UUAUGAGUUCAGCAACAAGUCCAUUAUCACCCCCUCCUAGGGCAACAAGUGCACCAAUUUCUACACUUAAUUUGAAUUCCUUUUCUGAUUCGACUGCUGAAAGUUUGUCAAUUAAUUUUGCAAGAAAUAAAAAGGCACAAAUGGCUGCUAGAGCUUUGUUUGAAUUAGUGCAUAAUUAUGGGGAUAAUUUGAGAGAGGGUUGGAAAAACGUGUUGGAUUGUUUAAUAUAUUUAUUACGUGCCAAUUUACUUCCACCAAAAUUGUUGGAAUUGGAAGAUUUUGUGGAUGUUAGAGGAAUUGUGACAAUUAAAGAAAAGUUUAAACGUCCACAGAUUUUACCAAAAAAAGAGGAAAGUGGACUGUUUAGUUGGUUAGGUUUAAGUGUUUCUUCAAUUUCUAGUGAAACUGAUUUAAAUAAAAAACAAAUAAAUGAAGAAGAACAACAAUUAUGCAACUCAGCAAUAUCAUUAAUUUCUGAAUGCCAUCCAGAACAAUUAAUAACCGACAGUCGUUAUUUAACCACUUCAGCAUUUACUGAAUUAAUAAAUAAUAUUAUCCAUUGUUCUUUUGCUAUAGCCCCAAUUCAAUCAAAAACACAACAAAUUGAUUUAAAUAAUGAACAAAUUGUUCAAAAUUAUGAAAGUCAGGGAAGUCAAAGUCAAGACGAUGAUUCUAUUGUCGACUUAAGUUCAGCUGCCGCAGCUUUGUUACCCGAAGAACAACAAAUUUUAGAAAAACAAAUGUCAGAAAAUAACAAAAUAUCUCCAUUAAAUUCCCCUUCAAAAUCCCCUCCUCCCCCACCUCUUCCCCCUCAAUUACUUUCCCAAUCUUCACUUUCUGAAGAUAAAAAAUCUGGGGAAGAACAACCACCAAUUAUUCAACAACAAAAUUUACUUUAUCAAUAUUCUCUAAUAAAAUUAACUUUGGAUGAGGAAGAAGCUUUGAUUUUUUUGUUGGAAUUGAUGAUAAACAUAGUUCUCGAAAACCGCGAUCGUUUAGCACAAGUUUGGCCUUUAGUGCGUGAUCAUUUGCAAUGGCUACUUAGUCCUGAUUUUGCCCAAAACAAGCAAAUAACCGAAAGAUCAAUUAUUGCAUUAAUUCGAAUUGCUAAUAGAAAUCUUUUCCGUCUUGGUCAUCCACAACAAAAUGUAAAAAUUCCGCCACUCCCACCACCACUACCUUCUGCGCCUCGGACGGCGCUGACUAAAAGUGUGGUUAUUGUAGUGGAAGAUGAACAAACACAACAAGAGAAUGGUAGAUUGUUUAAUGAGAUUAGAUAA